AAUUGGAAGGAUCAGAUGAAGAAACUUUCCUUUUUGAUUUCACAUUUUACAAAAGUUUGGACAAAUCAUGACGACGAACACGGCGGCGACAUCGGAGGCGAAGAUGGCGGUUGAGCCACCGAAGAUAGUGUGGAGCGAAGGGAAACGCCGGUUCGAGACGGAGGAUCACGAAGCUUUCAUCGAAUACAAGACGAGAAACAACGGAAAAGUGAUGGAUCUGGUCCAUACCUACGUUCCUUCCUCCAAACGAGGGUUAGGUUUAGCUUCGCAUCUCUGCGUCGCCGCUUUCGAACACGCUUCCUCUCACUCCAUCUCCGUCAUCCCUUCCUGCUCCUACGUUUCCGAUACGUUUCUUCCUCGAAACCCGUCAUGGAAGCCUCUGGUUUAUUCAGAGGAUCAUCUCAAGUCUAGCAUCUGAUGAAGAAGACUCGUUUUCUAAUCAUCUCUGAUUGUAAUCAAAGCAAUGAAUAAUUUCUUAAUCGAAAUUUGGGUUUUUUUUAUUUAUUUAUUUUGGCUUGUGCUUCUGCAUAUGACUAGAGAUAAGAAAAUGGCAAAGCACG